GUGAUGCUCUUUAUUUCCUGCAUUAAGCUGUCAACCUAAGCAUAGCAUCACUUCGUCGACACCCGUUAUCCGAGCCUACGCGCACACUCCCACAACGCACGUCUGAUCUGCCCUUUUAGCAUCAUCGCGAGCCGUCUGUCUCGUCCAGAAACUCUACUCCUCUUCCUGACUCUGCCCGCUGCCCGUUUAGGUGGAAACUCUGGCCCCAUACGUUGCCGCACGUAACUCUAAUCCUCGUCUUCACUUAGCUCGUACUGGCCGACGCAAGCCCACACUCGCUCGUCGCUCAAGCUCCGCCAAUGCAACAUUUCAUCAGCAUGCCAUGAGAAACACCCCAUCUUUGGACUUCGCCCGCGUCCUCUCCCCUUCUUCCCGUUCCUUGCUAGAGGCCUUUGGGUCCCAUAAUGUACAAUUGGACUCCGUCGCUUUGUGCCGCAGCUAGCAUAACGUCGGCCAGCGUCGUAGGGUUGGGAUUCGCUCGACCAGAGCAGCCGCGUCCGGACACGACAGCGUCCCACAAUAAGAAGCUGCUCUCGAAAGACGACCCGGCUACGACGAUGCCUACACGGCUCCGCUCCUCGUUCACACCUGCCACCCCUCUCAGCACCACGAAUACCCCUUCGGUGACAGACGAGCAACACGCCAGGUCGUCACCUUCCGCCACACUCGGCUACGAUGGCCGCACACCGUCAAACAAGGUUCAACGUCUCGCUGGUGAUGGGUCGGACGCCGCACGGCAGCGACGGAGCGAUCACGAAAGAGAGAGGUGCUCGACGUCUGGCAGCGAGGCUCGUGGUCAGACACCGCAGCCUCGGCCACGCCCUGCAACGGUUAGGUCACAGUCGAGGAAUUCGUGGAUCAAGCGGUUGUCCUUCUCAGACAAUAGCAGGUCUUCGUCGCCCUGGCCUGACUCUAUUGCGCUAUCACCGUCUUCCAAUGCUUCAGCUACAAUUUCAACCGCGGGCUCGACAAUUCCUAUGAUUGGCUCCGCACCAGUUGCGCUGCCGCCGAACAAACUGGUGAAGAGAACAACUUCACAACGGAUGAUCAACUCCUCGUCCGGCCGAGUGCCCACUUUGAGGAGGCCUGCAACGAGUCACCAGAGAUCAGCCAAUUUGCAGAAUUGGAGUCUCGCUCACGAGAGGGAAUCAAAUCCGGUGACUCCCGACCUGCUACCUCCGACAAUCAAAGCCCCACCAACGGAGACCAAAUGGAAAUCCUUUUUUACUGUUAAGAUCAAUAAGAAGGGCUCGGUCAGCAAAGGCUCAGAUGCUCCUUCCCGCGGAAUCAAGCGGGUAGUGCCUGAGGAAGGCUGCUAUCCAUCUUUGGUCACUGCUAAAGCCGUCAUUACUUCCACUCUCGACGUCGACGAUUUUCCAGAGUACGACGAUGACAGCGUCUUCUACGCCAGUCGGCCUCAGUCAGCAUUCGGCUUGGAGUCCGCACUCACCUCCAAUCGGCAAUCGGCCGCCAUUGAGCCGGGCCCUCCUCCCACUGAUGGCGAUGCACAAGAUGCGCAAAACGAGCCACGACAAUCUAUUUCGUCGCUCCUAUCUCGCAAACCCUCUCGACGCGAGAGUAUCAGAGGGCUAAGCAACAAGCUUACGAAGCGCAUCACCGGGAGACGUGUAGUUUCAGCCCCAACCACGACUGACAGCAAACCCCCAACCUUGGGCACAGACACUGAAUUCUCAGCGGAAACGAAUCAUUUUCAAGGCUCUCCCAACUCAUGUCAAGCAAACACAACUAGUCGCACAGACCCGAGUUUGGCCAAUUCUCCGUUAACAUCUCACACAUCGGCUAUGUUGUCGGAUAGUGAGCAUGAUUCGCCUAAAAUGUCCCCCCCGAAUCAAUCUUGGAAGGACGAGGCUGCCCACGAAGUUUCUGCAGGCAUUAACUCAAUAAACUCCCGACUAUCAUAUCGCAGCGCAACGCACUCCGAUACUGGAUCGUCUUUUGGAGAAUCUGAUGCUGAUGUCAGUGAGGUUGAGGCUUCCAAACACAGUCACUAUUCCAUGAUGACAAACGGACGCCCACGGACGAACCGAUCGUCAAGGAGUAGAAGAGAUAGCGAAUCAAGGUUUGAGACGAUUAUGGACGAAUCGCCGCCCAAGUCCCACAAGUCCCCACUGAAGGAUAUGCUCCCUCAUGCUAUACGUUACAGGGAUGACAUGAAUAUGGACGUCUCAGACACGAUAGAGGAGGAAGCCAACAUGGGUAGCCCUGACAGGAGGACUAUUCGGUCCGACAAGGCGGAUAAUGGCUCCCCGCUUGCUUCGAAGAACUCUACUUACUCACAGCUCCAACGUACUCCUCAUAUGUCCUCAUCGCCCCCCGGCUUUGCAAAGCCACUAAGCUUGGGCACGCUCGAGUACGAUGACCACGUGAUGGAUGAAGAUGAGGAGAGCAGAUGGUCUGCUUUUGACGAGCAAGAUUCAGUAAGCCAUUCUGAGAUAGAUGACUGGGAGAUUCAGGACGAUUUCACUACCCCAAUUCCUUCUCGCCGGCCCAGUCAGUUACAGACACAGCCCUCAGUAGGGUCAAAGUCUGUCCUUACCAAUGAAUCGACUACGAAUUUCCCUGACAACAAUCCUCGGAACGGUCUGAAGGGAACGCUAUUCGCGUACUCAGAAACUUCUGUGGAAAAAGCCCCCGGAAGUGGCACUCCACCUCGCCCGAGCACCGUUCAUGGUAAAAAGGAUGCCGACGGACGUGGUAGUCGUCCCAAUAAACGAAGGACGCCCGGUGGUCUUCAUAUACGAAGUCAAAGCGUUCCCGUCGUUCCAGACUUAACAGGCAAGCGACAGGCUGUAAUUACGAACAAGUUUGGUACGUGGGGCGUUGGUAGCAAAGGUGUGACUGAGGAUUGGGACGAAGACUUCGACUUUGGCGACAAAGUUUCGCUCAAUGCGUCCACAAAUGGUUCUGGAGAAAAGAGGACAGACAGUAUGCAACCCAUUGCGAUCCCCCAAAAGAUUAAGGACCAUCAGAUCAGCGUAAUGAACAACAUCAGUCUAGUUCGCGAGUUCGGCAUCAUGAUUGAGCAAUUAAAGCUCUUGAAACCUCGUGCUGCUUCAUUGGGUCUGGUUCAAAAUUCAAAAGACGAUCUGUACGAGCUCGUGGAUUCGAUGAUUGAACUUGCAGAUCAAGAGGCAGACAUUAAUGUGGGACAUCAAUCUCCCCCGUCUUCACCUAGCUUCGACAUGUCCGGCUUUGAUGAUCCUCCUGUCCGUGCUUCCAAAAAGAAUGGCUCCAACACGAACGCUAAUGAGCGACACGAUACCGUCAUUCGAACACCACCGACUGCGAAGACGAAACGUAAGACGGUGCUUCCCGAUGAGAACGAUGUCUUUACGAGCCCUACCACCCAGGCUGAUCAGUCCAAGCCCACCACACCUGCCACAGCCGAGACCGCGCUGCGCCCACGAAAAGAUUCUGAGGCCAUGGCUCGCUCAGUCAUUGAGGCUCUGAAGAAGAAGAAGAGUAACGAGCGGUCUGCUAUGUCGCUGCAACCAGUGCCUCCUAAUCGACGCGUUCAGUUCGACACGCGAACCUUGCGUCACAUCGUACCUUAUGUUAGCGGCCUUGUACGCAGGGUCAAAGACCAAAUUAGAGAGGCCGAGCGUUUCGACAUUGGCUCGGACUCGGACUGGGACGAAGACACGGAGCCUCGCGUACCUCAAUUGGCCCACGUAUUCCGGGACCCAUCUCCAAUAGUCGAGUCUCCGUCUUCGCGCAGGAGCCGUGGCCUGCAACCCACCCGAACUCAUUCUUUAGAGGGCUCUCCAACUGUCGACAAUGUCAACAAGCAACUUAAGAUGAUGACAGUAAUGUAAAACUCAAAAAUGCAUACGACGCAUAUGAAGAAGUUGCCGACGCCUAGGUGGUGAACCUCCGCUUAUGACGGAUAUGCAAUUAAAGACCCUAAUGACCUAGAUGCAUCGUGACUCCUACGAGCAUAUCAAAGACUUCCAAUUGUACUUCUAGCUUUUUUCUUUUUUGCAUGGUAUGUGUCGCAGUUUUCCUCAGCAUCAUGGAGGGCAUUAAGCGAUCACGGAACGUUUUCCAUUUCAUUUCUCUUCUUUCACAAACAUUCAGCGGCAUGGCGGAAAAAGGAUCAUCGAAUGGGGACAAGUGCGACAUCGCCAAUUGUGUGCUUUCAGUAUGUUUCUAUGAUAAAAUUGGAGUACACUAUACCGGUACUUCGUCCAGAAUGCGCACAUGCGCACAUACAUACAGGACAUGGCAGGUUUGGUACGUGUUUUUCUCUUUAAUUUCAUCCUUUCAUCUGGAUGAUUCCACAGCAUAUCCACGGAACGGGCUGGAUUGCUUUCUGGUGGGUCAGUUUCUUCGACCAUAGAUUGAGCAAAGCACAAGAGAUCGCAGCACUUUUGCAUAAUCGAACGUCAGGCUUCCGGCCGAAAAGCAUAAAGAAACUUCUUUGUACAAUUAGCAAGUAUCACAGCACAGCGAGGCAACAGGAAGUCAAUAAGUUUCAUUUUGCAGUUUCUACAAAUACAAUUUUUCCCGUGUGUGGAUGGCAAUGGCAUAAGAUGUAUACGACGAUCGGCCAAUGGAGAAGGAACUGGGCUCUUUGUAUCGUCUGGUCGAGAUGGUGCUGCUGUGAAACGUCAUGAGAAAAUGGAAAAAACA